AUGCACGAUCAAAGUUCAUAAUAUCUCAAGAUCAGUUUGACAAAUAGAUUGAUUAAUUAGAUUAAACCUAUGACUACUUAGAAUGGUUCAAGAAGGAAAAUAACAUUCACUCCUUUCAAAGAUUAAACUGUAUCAAAUUUGUCAUUGAAUUCAAAUGAUAAAACUAAUACUAAAGACUAAUAGCCUAUUACUAUGAAACUUAAAAAUGUAUUACAGAUGCAAAAGGAGAGCAUUUAGUAGUAAAACGAGAUAAAAGAAUUAAGAGAGUAAAUUGACCGCUUUAUGAAAUUCGAAAAAGAAAAAAACAACUUCCCUGAUGAAAUGAAGGACGGCAAAGAUGAUAUUAAAACUCUUAGAUUUCUAUAUGAUAAGCAGAAAAAAGAGUUUAAUGAGUAUAAGCAGAAGAUAGAGUAUAAGAUUAAGGAUUUGAACAACAAAAACAGUCUGCUUGAGAUAAAAAUCAUGCACAGACAAAAUGAAUAUUUAUAGUAGGUCGAAAAAGUAAAGUAAAUAAGUAAAGAAGCUGAGCAAAGUGAUCUAAAAGAAGCAUUUGCGACGGUUGCAUUAUUCUCAGACGAGGAACUGAAGAAGAGAGAUAGAUUAAUUCUAUAACUAUAAAGUGAUAAAGGUGAUCUAAGAGAUACUAUAUAUAAUAAGGAAAAUGAAAUCAAAGCCCUCAAGGAAGCUGAUGUAUAAAAAGAUAAAGAAGUAGAAGAGAUAAGAUCACAGUUAGAAAUGGAGAGACAAUCCAAAAGUGAAGUAAAUUCUAACAAAGAGAAUCUAGAAUAAAAACUAAAAAAGACAAAGGAAAAGUACUAUAAAAAGCUGGAAGAAUUGAGACAGUAAAAGAAUAUUGCAUAAAAGUAUAAGGAUUUAAUUGCUAAGCUUGAAAAGGAUCUGAAAAAAGGCUAUACUAAUGGAGUAAUUGUGCAAUAUGAGGAUAUGGUCAUAGAUGAUUUGCUUAGAACAUCAAAUCUUUUUAGACAACCCUAGAAUAUUUAUUCUAUCAAUAACACCACUAAACUAAAUCUGAACUACAGAAACAAUAUAUUAAGCAUGAUGAAUUAAGGAACUGAGAGACUGAUUUUGAGUUAGUGCAAACCUUCUGGAUCCAACGUAAUUGAAGAUGUGAAUUACAAUCAGAUUUCUCUACUGAUGCAUAGCUUAGCAAGACCUACCUUUUAUAAUUUUGUAGAGGCAGAACUUCAUAAAGUAAAGGCAGAACAGCAAAAAGAUAGUCCAAUGAAUAAGUUUGAAUCACCUGACAGAGGAGCUGUCAAUAGAACAAGUAACAACAUAACUGACAGAUCAUUCCUGAGUAUUCAUUAUGAGAAAAUCAAAUUUGAGCCUCCAUUCAAAAUGUGGCUAUUUACCACAAUGAGGGCGAUAUUAGACUGUAAAUAUUCUGAGCACAAGCUACUAGCUAAUACUGAUCCAAGAGGUCUUCUAAAUAUAUAAAGAUUCCCAGAGACAUUUGAUGAGGGCAAAGUUGAUAAACUUAGAUUACAGCUUUUAAUUGGACUACAAACAAUGAGACCUACUAAAAUGUGGGAGUGCAAUAUAUUUGUAGACUUCUUAGAACUAUAAGAUAUCGAGGCAGCUCAGGAGCCAUUAUACUUUGUGGAACUCAAGCAUAUUAACUCAGUAAUAGACAUUAUAUUUGCUCCUGCUGGUCCUGUUGAUAUCUAAGAAAUAAAGACAAGAUUUGAAAAGAUCGCAGAAGAUAAGUCGAAAGAUUUUAGCUUCGCAGAAUCACUUGGCGCUCUUCCAUUAGAUUCAUCUUUAGUCUUAAGAGUACUGCUAGAGUAUUAUCGAGCAGAAAAGAAGGCUAAACUAUAUAUCAUAAAGAGACUUUUCAAAGAGCAAAAUGGAGCAUAACCUAACUCGUCAAUGAAUUUCUACACUUUCAAAAAUGUUUUGACUCAGAUUCAACCCGAUGUUUCAGAUUCAGACACUGCUAUGCUUUAUAGAACAUCUUGGAUGCUAGGGAAUGGUAAAGUGAACUUUGACACUUUUUUCUUAGCCGCAAACGAAUCGAAUUUCUUCGUUAAAGUAAUGCUACUAAGGGGACUAGGUGUUCAGCCUCAACUAGAUAGUAAUUUCGAGAUCGAUUGCAAUGUCUAUGGUCUUACCUUUGAAUAACAAGAAGUUGCGAAACAAUACUCUCAUGUUGUCUAGUAUAAUUCAUUUUAAGAUUAAUGUCUUUUUAGAUUAUGGUCAGGUAUCUAUAAACAGCUACUAACAGUGAAAGAUUAUUUAGAGUAGCAGGGAAUGGAAGAAGUUUAUAAGGAGUAUCUUACUCUCGAUAAAAUUAUUCGACAAAAGGGUUAAUUUGACAGUGCUCAGAUGUUUGGCAAGGAUAUGCUAUAUAUUCAAAGGGAAAUGAGUAUAGAGUAUAUCACAUAGACUUUUACUCAGAUUCAAGAGGAGCUAAAUGUCUUACAAGACUUAAAGUCAGAUGAUAUUCAGAAGGCUAGAUAAAAAGAAAGAUCAAGUUAAAACUGGGGCAGACUAAAGGAAACAGUCUAAAAGAAAUUUGCUAUGGUUUUCAAACUUAACAAAUGA